AAUCAUAAAUGUCCAUCUGGCAGACAAGCCUGGGUGGUACCUUAAAAAGAAUCCAUUUGGGAUUGUCCCGACACUAGAGACACCUGCUGGUGAGUUGAUAUAUGAGUCACCGAUCACCUGUGAAUAGGUGGAUGAAGGUUACCCUGAAAAGCAGCUGCUUCCUUCUUCUCCUUUUGCUAAAGCAAAGAAUGAUGCUGGAGUAUUUUUCCAAAAUGAUAGGAUAUUUUUACAGGAUCCCAUCAGGGAGAAAGAAUGGUCAGGAUGUCUCAGGACUGGAAGCUGAACUGAAAGAAAAGCUUUCCAAAUUGAACGAGGACCUCGUUAACAAGAAGAUCAAGGUUUUUGGUGGUGAUUCCAUAACAAUGUUUGACUACAUGAUGUGGCCGUGGUUUGAGAGACUGGAGGUCUUUGAGCUGCAACACUGUCUGGAUGGCACACCUGAGAUGAAGAUGUGGACAGAGCGCAUGCUGGAAGAUCCAGCUGUCAAAGCCACAAUACACAGCAUAGAUGCCCACAAGGCCUUCUUCAAGCCCUUCGUUGAUGGAAAACCAGACUAUGACUAUGGCCUGUAGAAGUUUGUGCUGACUGAACAAAAAUAUAGCUGUCUUUAUAUAUUACUGUGUCAAACAAAUCAGGUCUGUUUUCAAAAUUCUGAUGUGACAUGUGUAAAGUGUUAAAGAGUCUAAAAAGUGAAUG